AGCAAAGCAGAAGAGUUUCCGUUAUCCAUUCGUCUUCUACCCUCUACCUCUCUCUCUCUACAACUAAAUAUAUCUAUCGCUUUCGCUCUCUAGAUUACUGAGAUAUUUUUCAACCAGACGUUACCAUAUCCCUUCCCUUCGACUCCAAUUGUCUCAGCUAUGGCUUCUGAUUCGAUCCCCAACGCCUCUAUCCCUAUGGUGGUCUCUAACCCCAAAGAUUUCGCCAAGAAAAGGAGGGCGAAUAGGUCGGCCAAAUUGAAGCAAUGCAAGCUUGAUGCUCGUCGUGAGCAGUGGCUUUCUCAUGUGAGGAAUAAGGGAGAUAAGGAAGAAUCGAGCGGCUGUGGAGGGAAUCAAUCGUCGGUGGUUCAGGUGGGAAAAGAGAAGGGUCGAUCGAUGGAGAAUUGGGAAAUUAAUCCGAGUGGUCAAGAGAAUGAUGGAUUGAUGAACCAUUACAGUGAUUCAGAGUCACCCUCGAACAGUCCCACCAGUCACGCCAGUAGUGUCUUAGGAGGUAAUGAUUCUGGGACCAAUUUUACUGGGAGUAGUGGCAGUAGUAGUAGCAGCAGCAGCAGUAGCAGUGGUGGGUGUUGUUCAGGAUGCAUUACGGAAGAAGAUGAAGAAGGCGAUGAUGGGUGCUUGGAUGAUUGGGAGGCCGUUGCUGAUGCUUUAGCUGCUACCGAUGACAAGCAAGAACAGCAUAACCCUAAUUUUGAUUCAGAUUUGCCUUCCAAGCAUGGGAAUGAAAUUGUGGCCCAAAUGGAUUCCCCUUUGCCAGAAUCAACCAACCAGUCUGUUUCAGGUACUUUUGUUUCAAUGCCAGGGCCUGAGUGUUUAGGAAUUGUGCAGAGAGCUCCAGCAAAUUGUAGGGCGUGGAGACCUGAUGAUGCUUUUCGGCCUCAGAGUCUGCCCACUUUAUCAAAGCAGCACAGUUUCCCCAUGAAUUCUGACCGGCAUUAUGGUGGCGGAGGAAAUCCAUGGGGUUGUAAAAGUGUUAUUUCUGCACCAUCUUCUUGUCCAAUAUGUUACGAAGACUUGGAUAUCACAGACUCGAGUUUUGUCCCUUGUUCAUGUGGGUUCAGGCUCUGCCUUUUCUGCCACAAGAGGAUUCUCGAGCAGGAUGGGCGAUGUCCAGGUUGUAGGAAGCAGUAUGAAUGUGAUCCUGUCGAAGGGGAAGCAUCUUUGGAUGGAGGCAGCCUGACAUUUAAGUUGGCUCGUUCUUGUAGCAUGAUCGCAAGGUUUUAGGAUGAGUACCUGUUUUCCUUGAAGAUGUUGGGCCUCUUUUUUGUGUGUCUUGCGUGUUUACUUACCAAUAGACUCUUAUUUUCAUAAUACGUUUCAUAUAGGUAUGUGAUUCUGAUGCAGAGGGAGAUUAAGUUGGUUCUCUUAUGAGUUUGUUCCAUAUAUGUAUGGUGCAUGUGCUGCUGAUGAAGAGGACUCGUUGCUAUGUGAAUAGAUAAGGGGGUAUAGAAAUUUAGUUCAUCAAAUUUGUUUGAAAUGUGAUUUUGGUGUUAUUUUUUCAAUUACUACGACAAAUUGGAGAAGAACAUAAGAGAUAACUUGUUUUUUGAUCCCAGAUGUUUUCUUAAAUAACUUCCUUGUCUGACAGGUGAUUCACUUUGGACACACUUUUAUGUUUGGGGGUCAAUUCUUGUUAUGUUAUGCACACACAUAUAUGUAAGUUUAUGUUGCUGUUAAAUGUGCACUAUUAUGAGUUAACUCUGGAUGGCACUAACUUCCUCUCAGUUAGGCUAUUCUAAUAAAUUUUAUUUUGUCAAAUCUUCUGUGUUGUU